GCAACUGACUUCGGUAUUUUGAUCAGUAUUCAUUAAUUCCGUUCGUCGUAAACAUGUUUCUCCAACGCGUUGUAAAAGUUGUUACAAAAGUUAAUAAGCAAUGCAUUCACAAAAGAGAUGGGAGUCAUUUGGCCUUUAUUGGUAUUGGCAACAUGGGUGCAAGAAUGGCCACAAACUUAAUAAAAAAAGGUGAGACACUUCGAAUUUAUGAUGUCCUACCAGAAAAUUCCCAAACAGUACAAGGCGCCCAGAUUUGCAAUUCACCUGAAGAAGCAGUAAAAGAUGCCAAUGUAAUCAUAACAAUGUUACCAAACGGUGAUAUUGUGAAACAAGCUAUUUUAGGAGAAAAGGGCAUUUUGAAAUCUGCAACCAAAGGGUCUCUUUUGAUUGAUUGUUCAACAAUCCAACCUCAAGUGGCCCAAGAACUGUCAAAAACAGUAAAGGAAAACGGAUACAACUUCCUUGAUGCUCCUGUUUCUGGAGGAGUAACCGGAGCACAAGCUGGUACCCUGACUUUUAUGGUUGGAGGUGAUAAACAAGUAUUAAAAACAGUAGAACCUGUUCUUCUUAAAAUGGGUGCUAACAUUCACCACUGUGGAAAUCCGGGAGCCGGUCAAAUUGCGAAAUUAUGCAAUAAUUUGAUAUUAGCCAUUACAAUGAUCGGUACAGCGGAAGGUAUGAAUUUGGGAAUUAAAAUGGGUCUUGACCCUAAUUUACUGGCUUCUAUUAUUAACGUUUCCACUGGCAAAAGUUGGUCUUCGUCUACUUACAACCCUGUACCAGGCCUUAUCCCAAAUAUACCCCCUAGCGAUGAUUACAAAGGGGGAUUUGCCGUGAAACUGAUUGCUAAAGAUUUAGGAUUAGCUGAAAGUGUUGCUGUUUCCUGUGAUGCUCCUGUGCCAUUAACCGCAGCUUCCCACCAACUGUACAGGGCUCUGAUUUCAAAUGGAUAUGGCAACAAAGAUUUUGCUGCUAUUUACCAGUUCUUAAAAGGCACUCAAUAAGUUUACAAUAAAAUUUUGACGAA